AUGAGUGAGGACGACACGUGGGUGCCAUCCGCCUCGCUCGACGCCUCGCCACUUGUUGGUGAUUACCUGGCGCGAAGGCGUGUUUCGGAUAUUGACCGCCUUUCCUCUCUCCCGUCGCCUUCCUCUCUCCCGUUCGCCUUCCUCUCUCCCGUCGCCCUUCCUCUCUCCCGUCGCCCUUCCUCUCUCCCGUCGCCUUCCUCUCUCUUACCCCCUUUCCUCUCUCCCGUCGCCUUUCCGCUCUCCCGUCGCUUUCCUCUCUCUUAUCGCCUUUCCUCUCUCCCGUCGCCUUCCUCUCUCCCGUUCGCCUUCCUCUCUCCCGUCGCCCUUCCUCUCUCCCGUCGCCCUUCCUCUCUCCGGUUCGCCUUCCUCUCUCCCGUCGCCUUCCUCUCUCUUACCCCCUUUCCUCUCUCCCGUCGCCUUUCCCCUCUCCCGUCGCCUUCCUCUGUCCCGUCGCCUUUCCUCUCUCCCGUCGCCUUUCCUCUCUCUCGUCGCCUUUCCUCUCUCCCGUCGCCUUUCCUCUCUCCCUCCUCACCCCCCUCGCCCUUCUUCUUCCGCCUCCCGCCGCCCUCGCGCUCCAUCACAAUAAACUUCCCAACGCACUCCACCCUCCGUGUCCGCCUCCCAUUGCUCGUCGCCCCCCCAUUCCCGUCGCCCUCGCUCUCGCCCCUCCCUUUCCGUGGCCCUCGUUCUCGCCCCUCCGUCGCCCUCGCUCUCUCCCCCUCCUUUCCGUCGCCCUCGCUCUCUCCCCUCCCUUUCCGUCGCCCUCGCUCUCUCCCCCCCCUUUCCGUCGCCCUCGCUCUCCCCUCCCUUUCCGUCGCCCUCGCUCUCUCCCCUCCCUUUCCGUCGCCCUCGCUCUCUCCCCUCCUUUUCCGUCGCCCUCGCUCUCUCCCCUCCCUUUCCGUCGCCCUCGCUCUCUCCCGUCCCUUUCCGUCGCCCUCGCUCUCUCCCCUCCUUUUUCGUCGCCCUCGCUCUCUCCCCUCCCUUUCCGUCGCCCUCGCUCUCUCCCGUCCCUUUCCGUCGCCCACACGUUCUCUUGUUGCCCUUGCUCUCUCCCCUCCCUUUCCGUCGCCCUAG